AUGGCUACCCCUGAACGCACGACUCUCGACACCACUGCCAUCGACACGAUCGAAGUCAAUUCUCGAUCGCUCGCGCAUCGCACCUCGUUCGCACGCUUCGCGAGAGCAUUUCGAGACCUCCGGACUGUGGCCCCCGAUCUGCAUAUCUCAGUAAACAUUCAGCAAAGAGCUAUGAGUGAGCUCAACGACGCCGCAUUCCGGGGUGCAUCCUGGUUUCGGUUGCGGCGCCUGACAUCUUUAGGGUCCGGUUCUGGACAGAAGUUGAUCAGAAACGCCCGAGAUAAUGCUGAUUUCAAGGAGCUCAUGAACGACACGAUUCAGUUGCAAACAGCGUUCCGCGAGGAGAGGAACGCGGCUACGGAAGAGGCUAGCAGUACUACUGGCACCGAUAGAAGCAGCGCCAUGGAGAUAGAGGAAGACAAUUUGGGAGAGACAUCUGAAUACCAAAGCAUCACUGAUGGGAAAGGCCAAGAAGUACAUUCUUCUAGAGACUCUGGCGUUCGAGGAGGUAGUUUGGCGCGGCGAACCGUGGUGCCGGACAACACGGACUUGCCUCAACAACUCGUUCCUCUGGAAACCUCUGCCAUGGACCAGAUCGUCUCAAUUAUCGGCCGGCUCUCUGUGAGCACUGUACCGCAGACGAACCGUGCUCCCAGUGCUUGCUUCGUGGCCGAGUUCGAAAAGCUCCGAAGUCUGGCCUUCUAUUCAGGACUUUCGGAGGAUGUACGAGGAAGAGCUCGGAAAGAACUUCGCUACUUUGUGGCCCGGGACUAUGAAUGGGAAGCGUAUAGUGAAGCCCGAGACGUGAUCGUCUUCAAGGCCUUUUUGAACAACACAUACCACAUGGCUGUAGCAACUAUCAAAGAGGAGCGCGUCAAGCACGAUGUGACGAGCACAGUGCCCAUGACACCAAACGUCAUUCUCAUGGAAUUCGCGAUCGCCAUGGAAUUUUGUGUAUCGAUCUCGGAUGUUGAAGAGCGGUCCCUCCUGAUGUCACCUGGGAUGUUUUCAGAUCGACCGCACUACAAAGUGGUCGAGGAGUUGUAUAGCGCGGAAGAGUGGGCAGGUGUUAACGCUCCCCCGACAUUCACGAACCUUGUCGAUGAUGAGUCUACUUAUGGCAUGAGUGAGUGA